CGCUGAUCCUGCAAGCUAACUAGCUCAGUCGUAGAGCAACCGACGAAGGAAAUCGUCGGGUGAGCUAUAAUUCCACUGAGUUUACUCGUUGGAUGUAGAAUAAUUACUGUUAAUCGCUGACAUUGGCUGUGGUUGUCCUGGAGUCGUCAAGAAAGCCGAGACAUUAACGUGUUAGCUUGUUUUCUACAAAGUUGCUAACCAGACACGUUGACAGCUAGCAGGCUACCACAGCAGAACUACGUGGUCUCAACCCUGCACUGCCGUCGCCGUUCUAUCAAGCAAAUCUCUCAUGUCAACGACACUCUUCACAAAGUGGUAAGGUUAUGAUCUUGGCUGUGUUGUGUUGGAUGAGGUUUAGCUAGUAACUAACUAGAUAGUAGUUAAGCCAAUAUCUAUUUAAGCCAGCCAGCCUGUAGGUCCUUAAUAUGCAUAACUAGCAUGUUAGAGCUAGUGAUUUUAAGAAACAUGACAGCUUGGCUACUUCUUAAAUAAUUGGAUGGUUAUCAUACCUAAUAGUUAGAUCACAGUCAAAGGUCACAGAUAGGCUACAGUGUAGACAUAGCUAGUUAGUUAACUACAUAUUUUGACCAUCAGCUACCAAGGCUUCUCACUCUCUUCCCCCCAGCUAUUUGUUGUCACACCAAUCACAUGAUGGCUAUUCAAUCGGAUUUUCCCAGAAAGGACAGAAAUUCCUCUUCCCAUGAGGGUAAUUCAACUAUUUCCAGUUUCACUACAGAGUGGGAAGUCAAGUCACUUGUACUACAUUCCUGGGUUACUGUGUCUGUUACUGUGUAACCUCUGUUAUCUUGUCACUCAGGCACAUCAUCCUGUGAUGACUCUAAACUGAGUGACACUCACCCACAGCUUCUUUCAACUAUACUGAACAAAAAUAUAAAACGCAACAUGUAAAGUGUUGGUCCAGUGUUUCAUGAGCUGAAAUAAAAGAUCUCAGACAUUUUCCAUAUGCUUUUCUCUCAAAUUUUGUGCACAAAUUAGUUUACAUCCCUGUUAGUGUGCAUUUCUCCUUUGCCAAGAUAAUCCAUCCACUUGACAGGUGUGUCAUAUCAAGAAGCUGAUUAAACAGCAUGGUCAUUACACAGGUGCACCUUGUGCUGGGGACAGUAAAAGGCCACUCUAAAAUGUGCAGCUUUGUCACACAACACAAUACCACAGAAGUCUCAAAUUGAGGGAGUGUGCAAUUGGCAAGCUGACUGCAGGAAUGUCCAUCAGAGCUGUUGCUAGAGAAUUUAAUGUUAAUUUCUCUACCAUAAGCCGCCUCCAAUGUCAUUUUAGAGAAUUUGGCAGUAUGUCCAACCGGCCUUGCAACCGCAGACCACGUGUAACUAAGACAACCCAGCAUAUCUGUAUUCCUAGUCGUGAAAUCCAUAGAUUAGGGCAUAAUGAACUAACUCAGUAAAAUAUUUGAAAUUGUUGCAUUUAUUUUUGUUCAGUGUAGUUUCACUCAGGGGGAAGGAGGGAGAAGUGGUUUACUUUGAAACUGACUGUGACUAAUAUUGUUUUUCCCAAUAGCAUUCACUAGCCUAACCACUGCGACAGCUGCUCGUCUGCAUAAUAAUAGCAAAGUCAUCAACUUUUUAAGCCCUGCCACUUUCAGAUCCACUUUCUUGCGAAUCUGCGUGAAAUGAGAGAAAAUCGGCCUCACAUCUGUCAUUGCUUAGAUGCACAACUAGCUUAACCGCUCUGUCUUUCAAUGUCAAUGUUUAAACGUCCCAUAGUGCUGGACAGACACAUGGACAAAAGGAGAGCGACACACAGCCCUUACUCCAUAGCUAAUCAAAUUACACGUGCAUGCACUGUCCUAGACAUUUCUCUCUCUCAUCCCCAUCCCUCUCUCUCUCUCAUCCCCAUCUCUCUCUCUCUCUCAUCCCCAUCCCUCUCUCUCUCUCAUCCCCAUCCCUCUCUCUCUCUCAUCCCCAUCCCUCUCUCUCUCAUCCCCAUCCCAUCUCUCCUCUCUCUCAUCCCCAUCCCUCUCUCUCUCAUCCCCAUCCCUCUCUCUCUCUCAUCCCCAUCCCUCUCUCUCUCUCAUCCCCAUCCUCCUCUCUCUCUCAUCCCCAUCCCUCUCUCUCUCUCAUCCCCAUCCCUCUCUCUCUCCAUCCAUCCCCAUCCCUCAUCCAUCCCUCUCUCUCCAUCUCCCCACCUCUCUCUCUCUCUCCUCCCCCAUCCUCUCUCUCUCUCUCAUCCCCAUCCCUCUCUCUCUCUCAUCCCCAUCCGUUCCUCUCUCAUCCACCUCUCUCUCUCCAUCCCCUCUCCCUCCUCUCUCUCUCUCAUCUCUCUCUCAUCCCCCAUCCCUCCUCUCUCAUGCCCCACCCGCGCUCAAUCUCUCAUUCCCCAAUCCUCUCUCUCUCAUCUCCUCUCCUCAUCCCCAUCUCUCAUCUCUCUCUCACCCACCCAUCUCAUCUCUCUCUCAUCCCCACCCACCUCUCGCUCUCUCUCGCAUCCCCACCCCUCACUCUCUCAUCCCCACCCCCUUCUCUUCCCUUUCUCUCCCUCCCUCUCUUCCCUCAGGUCCCUAUUGCUAUGAGGAUCUCUAGAGCCCAGCUGUAAGCCUGAGCCAUGAACUCAGUGUCUCCCAGUGCAGUUCAGUAUGUGGGGGGAGUAGGAGUGGUGGGUCAGGAUGACACCCUCCAGAGAGAGGAGACCAAGAGGCCACAGCAGCCCCAGCUGGUGGACCCUGGCGGAGGAUGUAGCUUUGGGAACCGGCAGGGUACUGAUGUCGGUGGGGGUGGAGCCAGGGAGGCCACCACCGCCGGAGAGCCAGACGAGGUUGACAAACUCAAGACCAAGCUGAUGUCGGCGUGGAAUAACGUCAAAUACGGUCAGUCAGUGGGUUCAUUUGAAUUUUGUUCCAUAAGGUGGAUAGUUCUAUAUAGCUGUUUAACUAGCAACAAACUUAACUUCCAGUUUUUCCAUACAGUCAGGUUUAACAAUUGCUUUUUUUUAUUUAUUAAGAAAUAGCAACAAGGGGGAUUUUAUAGUCUUUGUACUUUCUGUGUAUGAAUAAUCUUUGUUAGGUCAUUUAUUUUUCCAAAACAGAAGUCUCAUACAAAGCUAUGUGUAAUAGCCCUCCCGAAGUCAACUUCCCCCUUCCUCACCCAGUCAUCAAGACACAAAGAAUCCCCUCUAAAAAUGUCUGUUCUGUUUCUUGGCCCUCUUUAGGCUGGUCGGUGAAGUCGAAGACCACAUUCAACAAGAGCUCUCCGGUGACUGUAAUGGGCCACUCCUAUCUGCUCAAUAGUGAAGGUAGCUAACCUCCAACAACCCCACUCCAACCUCAAGACUUCCUGGUAAAAUGGAUGACGCUCUCUGCUCCAUACCCAGUGAGCAAAAUUGGUUGGAAAGAUGUAUUUUAACCAGUUCUGCUCACUGGGUAUCUCUCUCCCCUUCCAGAUGCGGUGGAGUGGUUCAGGCGGGCGUUCGUGUCUCGGCUGUGGCUGACCUACCGUAGGGAGUUCCCCCAGCUGGAGGGCUCCACCUUGACUACAGACUGUGGCUGGGGCUGUAUGCUGCGGAGCGGACAGAUGCUGCUGGCCCAGGGCCUACUGGUACAUCUGAUGCCACGAGGUGAGACAGCUCAUAGUUUGAAAGGGUCCUCUUUUUUAACGUUAUGAGACAACUUGACCAACUCUGUCCCAAUCCCAAAUGGACCCCUACGUCCUAUGCACUUACAAUUGUGUAGAGCUGAGAUGAUUUGUUUGGUAUAAGCAAUAUGAUUGGUGAAACUUCCACCUAGCCUAUCAGAGGGCAAAGUGGAGCUGUUACCAUAUUGCAUACACCUGUCAAAUCCACCAGUGCAUAGGGUUUAGGGGUCCAUUUGGGACUGGGCCCCUAUCUGUUUCUCUUUCUGCCACAUCUCUCUUCAACUUCUGUCUGUUUCUUUCUCUGUUUCCUGGUCUGUCUCCCCUCUCUCUCUCUCCUCCCUCUGUCUGCCUCCUCCUUCCACCUCCCAUCGAUCACUACUAACUGUCUGUAUUGUAUUGUCUAGACUGGUCGCAGCCCAUCGAUCACUACUGUCUGUAUUGUAUUGUCUAGACUGGUCGUGGCCAGACGUCCAGCAGUUCGCUGACGUGGACUUUGAGGCUCUGAGACCCCGCUCCCCAUCCCGCGCUGGGGGCGUACCCAUCCCCUCCUUCGGCUACUCCUCCUCCUCGCGGACCCCCACCACGCCCCAGAAGACCUCCAUGCCAGGGGACACGGUUCUCAACCAUAACCAGAAGAAGAGGCCUGAGUCGGGCAGGGACAGGCAGGCUGAGCCCCUCCACCGGAGGAUUGUAGCCUGGUUUGGGGACGAGCCCCCGGCCCCGUUUGGGGUGCACCAGCUGGUAGAAUUGGGGAAGAGCUCGGGGAAGAAGGCAGGGGACUGGUACGGCCCCUCAGUAGUGGCACACAUACUACGGUGAGGAGCGCUACAUGGUCAAGGUAAUGAUGCUGUCAGAGCAUCAGCCAUAGAAAUAGAAUCUAUAGAACGGACCUCCUCAUUCAAGUCAGUGAUGGCAUCAGCAUGCAUUUGAUUUCUAUACCUAGAUUUUUGAUGGAUGUCUGUAUUGCCAUAGUGCAUCAGAAUUAUCUCCAGUGGACAUGUUUACCAAUGCAAUUUUAUUGUGUAGAUGUUUUGGUCGCUAUUAUGUUUUUUAAGGAGGCUUGGUGGUGUGCCUGACUGCCUGUUGACGUUUACCAGGGUUAGGGUCAAUUUGGUUUACUUUCUGAAUUGAAAUUGAAUUGAACUGAACCCUGAUAUUGACUUCUUGCCCAGUAGCAUCAGUAUGUUGUGACAUUAAACAUGAGCUGUAUCUUUGUUUUCCAGAAAAGCAGUGGCCAAGACUUCUGAGGUUCACAACCUGGCUGUAUAUGUAGCGCAGGACUGUACCGGUGAGUUUGACAUUACAUUGUACCUUUCCUACUGGGUGCUCAUUACUGGGUGGUAGGGUUGGGCGGUUUCCAGAUUUUCAUAACGUCAUACCGUCCUUCUCUCAUUCUGGGAUUGACAGUAUUACCGGCUUAGUACACAAGGGGUCGCCAAAAACGCAAGAAAGACCAUGGUGGUCUGUUACCAGAAUGCUAACAAAAUUAGCACAAGUAAUAGCGAAUUUCCAUUAAGGCUGCUAGCUAAAUAUGCUAACGAGCGCAAAUUAAAAUAAAUGAAUUGCAAAGACAGGCAAUCCAGCUCAUAAAGUUAUACAUAUAUACAAAAGUAUGUGGACACCCCUUCAAAUAAGUGGAUUUUGCUAUUUCACUUAACUGUAAGUGCUGUUACUGUGAAGUGGAAAGGCCACACAAGCUCACAGAACGGCACCGCUGAAGCGCGUAGCGCAUAAAAAUCGUCUGUCCACGUUUGCAACACUCACUACUGAGUUCCAAACUACCUCUGGAAGCAACAUCAGCACAAUAACUGUAGGUCGGGAGCUUCAUGAAAUGGGUUUCCAUGGCCGAGCAGCUGCACACAAGCAUAAGAUCACCUUGCGCAAUGCCAAGCGUUGGCUGGAGUGGUGUAAAACUCACUGCCAUUUGACUCUGGAGCAUUGGAAAUGCGUUCUCUGGAGUGAUGAAUCACACUUCACCAUCUGGCAGUCCGACGGACAAAUCUGGGUUUGGUGGAUGCCAGUAGAACGCUAACUGCCCGAAUGUAUAGUACCAACUGUAAAGUUGGGUGGAGGAGGAAUAAUGGUCUGGGGCUGUUUUUCAUGGUUCGGGCUAGGCCCCUUAGUUCCAGUGAAGGGAAAUCUUGAAGCUACAUUAUACAAUGACAUUCUAGAUGAUUCUGUGCUUCCAACUUUGUGGCAACAGUUUGGGGAAGGCCCUUUCCUGUUUCAGCAUGACAAUGCCCCCGUGCACAAAGCGAGGUCCAUACAGAAAUGGUUUGUCGAGAUUGUUGUGGAAGAACUUGACUGGCCUGUACAGAGCCCUGACCUCAACCCCAUCGACCACCUUUUUGGAUGAAUUGGAAUGCCGACUGCGAGCCAGGCCUACUCGCCAAACAUCAAUUCCCAACCUUACUAAUGCUCUUGUGGCUGAAUGGAAGUCCCCACAGCAAUGUUUAAACAUCUAGUGGAAAGCCUUCCCAGAAGAGUGGAAGCUGUUAUAGCAGCAAAGGGGGGACCAACUUCAUAUUAAUGUCCAUGAUUUUGGAAUGAGAUGUUCAACGAGCAGGUGUCCACAUACUUUUGGUCAUGUAGUGUAGGUAGGAGCUACCGAAUGUCAUUUUUGGUGAGUUUGGACAUUUUACAAGCGAAUGUGAACGAAAGACAAUACGUUUUUGACGCAAACUUGUCUGCAUUUGUACACACUGUGUCUAGUCUGGAGUCGCUAGGGCAACAGGCCAGCCUGCUCUGCUUGGAGAAGAGGGGGGAGGAGCAGACGGGCCGAGAACGGAGAGGAGAAAAAACGGCAAGGAAAUGAAACGAUAGCAGUGGUACAGCUGUACAGAUAACUCAACUCAACCAGAGGGCUUUUAACUUCUCAAACACGGCAGGAAGCUAACACAAGAUGAUGCCCCGCCACCUUAUUCAUUCAGUAACUUACUUGGAUAACUAGCAAGUUAAACUUAGGGGUCGCGUUAACGCAGAAUUAUUCAUUUUUCACGCAGUAAAAAAAUAUAAAACACGUAAAAAACGCAUAUCUAAAAUGCUGCUUAUUGGAAUUUCUACUGGGUGCUCAUGAAUGGGUGGUGAGGUUGACUUCACACUACCUUUCCUACUGGGUGCUCAUUACUGGGUGCUUGGUUAGUGUCUGUGGUUAGUGUCUGUGGUUAGUGUUGUCGUUUGUCGAAUUCACCAGAUAUUGUAUGUAUGUUUGGUCCAUCUUAAAUGUUCUCGUCAUAAGUUAUGUUUUUGUCAUUGGUAAUGAAUGAAUAGUCCUUGAAGCAGUCUUCUGAAUGUAGCUGAACUGUGUGUCUCAUUUCUGUAUCACAAUUAAAUUACAAAACUGGGGGGGGACAGAAAUGCAAUUUCAGAAUGUGGGGGGGCAAAAAUGCAAUUUCAGAAUGUUGGGGGGGGACGUCCCCCAUGUCCCUAGUGAAACUUACACCCAUGGUGUCCUUGUGUGUUUCUUGCAGUGUACAAAAAGGACGUGGUGCAUCUGUGUGACCAGUCGUUGAACCAGAGUAUAUCGGAUCCUGAGGCCAGUGGUCCAGGCUGGAAGUCUGUCAUCAUACUGGUUCCAGUCCGACUAGGAGGAGACUCUCUCAACCCCUCCUACAUCCAGUGUGUCAGGGUGUGUACCCACACACUUUCAUAACCUAACCUUAGUCACAAAGCUUUAUCCAUGGUUGAUGUCACUCUAACAGGAAUAUGGAUUUCUUUGUAUCUUAAGAACAUUCUCAGGUUAGAAUGCUGUAUCGGAAUCAUCGGCGGCAAGCCCAAGCAUUCGCUGUUCUUUAUCGGCUGCCAAGGUAAGAACUCCACUCUACUUCCUGGUUCGGUUGCUUCUGAUUGGACAGUGGGCUGUCAUUUAACCUCGCCUUCUUCCUACUUCCUGUCCAAUCAGAUGAGCAGCUGCUGUAUCUGGACCCUCACUACUGUCAGGCCGUGGUGGACGUCACUCAAGACAAUUUCCCACUGGAGGUUGGUUGGACUUUAUCACUCUUCUCUCUCCUUUGCUGCCCUGUCUAUCUUUGGAUGUUGUCUGUCUGUGCUAUGUCCCAGAUAAGCAUGUUUUGACCGGAUCAAAGUAGUUCAUUUCAGAUUCAGAUGUGUAGCUUGCCUUGUCUGUAAUGAUCUCCCUCUCUCUUUCCCUCCUCCUCUCUCUCUCCCCUCCCUCCCCCUCUCUAUCUCUCCUCCCCAGUCGUUCCACUGUAGCUCACCCAGGAAGAUGCCUUUCAGUCGCAUGGACCCCAGCUGUACUAUAGGCUUCUACGCCAAGAACAAGAAGGACUUUGAGUCUCUGUGUUCCGCCGUCUGUGUGGUGAGCUCAGCCUCUUGGGCUCAUUUCAAGUCUCUUAUUACUCAUAUAUACAUUCAUCACUUAUGCAUCAUUUAUACAUCAGUUAUGCAUCACACAUAGAUCAUUUUAUAGAUAUCUUUAACUUCGACCCUGAUAUGAUUUAUAGAAACAUGAGUUGAAGCGAUGUAACUUAGAUGGCUUAUUUGUCACUUAUAGAUAGACAUGUUACACAUCUAUUACGCAUCAGUGAUACAUCACUUAUACAUCAGUUACACUGUUACUGUAUACAUCACUUAUACAUCAGUUACACUGUUACUGUAUACAUCACUUAUACAUCAGUUACACUGUUACUGUAUACAUCACUUAUACAUCAGUUACACUGUUACUGUAUACAUCACUUAUGCAUCAGUUACACUGUUACUGUAUACAUCACUUAUACAUCAGUUACACUGUUACUGUAUACAUCACUUACAUACAGCUCUUAUUAAAGUCAACCAGAAUAAGAUAAGUGACUAAUUCAACACUUUCAUAUUCCCCCCACCCCAGGCCCUAUCGUCGUCCGAAGAGAAGUACCCCAUCUUUACCUUCGUGGAGGGCCAGGCCCAGGACUAUGGACUGGUGGGCCACAGCUCCUCCCAUGGCACCGCCCACAUCCUGCCCCAAGGCAAGCUCAGCAGGAGCAACAACAUAGGCAGCUCUGACGAAUUUGUCUUCCUGUGA